GGAGCACUGUCUGGCAGUGAAAGAGCUGUACUGUUACAAGGAGUGGCGCUCUGCUGAGGAAAGAUCUCAUCGAGGGUUCCCACACAGCAUCACUCUCCCAGAAUGCACCUCUCUACCCAGCCAACAAGCAGACCCAUCCUCAUGCACAGCGGUUCCUUACGAUCCCCAUCUGCAUAGACUUUCUGUAGAUGUGAUUCCUGAGUUGCGAAAUGCAGAAAACUACUGUCGUAACCCAGGCGGAGAGAGUGACAGGCCAUGGUGCUACACCACAAACCCUAAUGUACGCUGGGAGUACUGUCUGGUGCCCAAAUGUGGAGAAGAGCUCUUGCUGGACAGACUUCAUCCCAACCCCAUGUACCAACGACUGCCUCUCCUUCUCAACUCUAAGCUCCUCAGUCUCGAAUAUCCACGCAACAACAUUGAAUAUGUCCGUGAUAUUGGAGAGGGGGCCUUCGGUAGGGUGUUUCAGGCAAGAGAAAGCUGGUUUGAGAUCAGUGAAGGUGGCCUGUUACUCCAGGCCAAGAACGUAAUUUCUCAGUUAAGCAAGUCAGACUACUAUGCCUACUACAUUACUUCAAAAACAGGAUAA